UUCAUUUACAUAAUCCGGGUUGUAAGGUAGGUAGGUAAACAACUUCAUGGCUUUACUUCACUUCAUCUCUUCUUCUCUGGCACUCUCUUGAGUUAUAUCCUUACCUCUCAAACAGAACAUAACAUAGUCGGGUGGCCGAGGGAAAUAAAGGCCUGUUAGCAAGUAUCGACAUGGGUCCGGCGCCGGACGUGGACGCCGACGUCUGGGCCCCGGCCGCUGUGGAGGCGGGCCGGGAGGGAGACGGGAUUCCUGAGGACCAGGAAAUUGAUUUUGUGACCCUCGGCAUGUUUAUCAUAGAUGAAAUUGAAUUCCCUCCCCCCAAGCCCCCAGUCCGGGACGUGCCAGGGGGCGCCGGGACCUACUCCGCGCUGGGGGCACGCCUCUUCUCACCUCCACCCUCCUCCAAAACCGUCGGCUGGAUCGUCGACCAAGGCUCCGACUUCCCUCCCUCCCUCACAGAGCUCAUCACCAGCUGGCAAACCUCAGCCUUAUUCCGCCACGACCCCUCGCGACUCACCACACGGGGCUGGAACGGCUACGUCUCCCCCACCUCCGAGCACCGCUCAUUCCGCUACACAACACCCAAAAAGCGCCUCACCGCCGCCGACCUAACCGACACCCCCUUACUACAGGCCAAAGCAAUCCACCUGAUCUGCUCACCCCUCCGCUGCCAGGAGCUCACGACCGACCUGCUGCGCCGGCGGAAACAGGCGUAUCUGGCAAACCCAUCCAACGACCCAGACGCGUACACCCGGCCGUGGAUUGUGUGGGAGCCAGUCCCGGACUGCUGCACGCCCGACCAGCUGCUCAACUGCACCAACACCCUGCCGCUGGUCGAUGUCUGCUCGCCUAAUCAUGCAGAGCUGGUCAACGGGUUCAUGGGCAUGGCUCCCACACCCACCCCUGAGUCAAAUAGUAGUGAAGAAAUGCGCGCCGCCGUGGAGACCGCUUGCGAGCAGCUCCUCGCCAGCAUGCCGCUGCAGAGCUACACGCUGGUGGUGCGCGCGGGGAAGGAAGGGUGUUUCGUGGCGCGCAAUGGGGGGCGAAAGAAAAAAGUGGGCGAUGCUGGGGGUGGUAAAAGGAAGAAAGGAGUAGGAGGGGGCAAGAAGGCUGAGUACGUGCGCGGCGGACUGCAGCCGGACACGGACAUGGAGGCGCUCUUUGCGGGCCUGCUGCAGGACGAGGAAGGACAUGUUGCCCGGGAGGAGAUUGAGGUUGAUCCCGGGUUGGAGAAGUGGGUGAGGGCUUAUUAUUAUCAUGAUGAUGAUCGUGCUAAUAGUAAUGAUGGGGAUGGUGAUGAACGGGGUGAAAGGAUAAGAGGAAAGGUGGUUGAUCCCACUGGCGGGGGGAAUACCUUCCUCGGCGCCCUGGCUGUUGCCCUGGCGCGCGGCAAGUCGAUCGAGGAGGCCUGUGUUUGGGGGAAUGUAGCGGCGAGCUUCGCCAUUGAGCAGGUUGGCUUGCCGGUGCUAGGGGUGGAUGAGGAGGGCCGGGAGACGUGGAAUGGGGUGAGGGUGGAAGACCGGCUGCGGGAGUACCAGGAGAGUUUGUGAGCCGAGUCAGCCGUUAUGGCGGCAUGGUUGAUAAUGGGGAUAUUGGAUAAUCAGAACAUGUCUAGAGGGUUGGAUAAGCCGCAGCGAUAGACCUGCUUUGGAUAGACGUCACACUAGAUGACUGAAUGAUAGGACUAUGUGCCGC